AUGUCAAAUUUGACAAAGCUGGAAUUCGUGGCCCUAGAUAUUUCUGGCAAAAAUUAUUUAUCUUGGAUUCUGGAUGCUCAGAUCCAUUUGGAUGCCAUGGGCCUUGGAGACACAAUUAAAGAAGACAAUGAGGCAUCAUUGCAAGAUAAAGCAAAUGCCAUGAUUUUCCUUCGGCGCCAUAUUAGUGAGGAACUGAAAACUGAAUACCUCACUGAAAGAGAUCCACUUUGUUUCUCUACAUUGAAAUUAUGUGGUGAUACUGUUACUGAUGAACUUUUGUUAGAAAAAACAUUCACCACAUUUCACGCUUCGAAUGUACUCUUGCAACAACAAUAUCGAGAGCGUAGAUUUAAAAAAUAUUCAGAGCUUAUAUCAUGUUUGCUUGUGGCAGAGCAAAAUAAUGAACUUUUAUUGAGAAACCACCAGUCCCGUCCAACUGGAUCGACACCUAUCCCUGAAACAUAUGUUGCCUCAUCCCGCGGACAUGGACGUGGUCGUGGUGGUAGAAAUGAAUAUGGUCGUGGCAAAAAUAACUACCACAAUAAUGAAUAUGGUCGUGGUAGAAAUCAUUCUUAUUAUCGUGAAGGAUAUCAAUCCUCACAUUUUCGCAAUCAGAGAUCCACAUCAUAUCCUCAAAGGAGAGAUCAUCAUGAAAUGAAACAGGGAAAAGGGAAGAAUGUGGCUCAACCUUCCAAGGCACACGAUAAUACUUGUUAUCGGUGUGGCAUGACAGGGCAUUGGCAAAAUAUUUGUCUUACACCUAAGCAUCUGGCUGAACUUUACCAAGCCUCAAUGAAAGAAAAAGGGAAAACAAAAGUAAAUGAAUUUCCUUGA